ACUGAAGAUAACAGAGAACCGACCUUCGACGAGCUCACUCAGUUUAUCGCAUCGCGUGCGAGAGUGGCUUGUAGUAGAUUUGGACGGUUAGCAAACCGUUCAAGAAAAGGGCAUAACGUAAAGACGAACUGUCACGUGCAAUCAGAGCAAGGGAAUAGUUCGACAACGAAAACUAAAUGCAGUAUGUGUUCCUACGACCAUGCCAUUGAUAAAUGUCCACAGUUCUUAGCGCUUACAGUGCAAGACCGAUGGUCUCACGCUAAAAGCAAGGGUAUCUGUUUCGUCUGUCUUAGACAAGGACAUAGAGUUAAGGAAUGUAAGCUGACAAAGCGUUGUAACGUUGAGGGUUGUGAAAAGAAACACCAUUCCUUGUUGCACAGCGAGAGUGACAAACCUGGUAUCUCGAAUUGUUGCGGAUAUACUAAAUCACUAAUCAGUCAAGUGUGUUUAGGCAUGAUUCCCGUACGGUUGAAAUCGCGAAAGGCCGAGAUUGUGGGUUAUGCUCUGUUGGACAACGGUUCUGAUGUGACACUGAUAAAAUCAAACUGUUUGAGGUCUCUCGGGCUGAGCGAAGACGAAGCAUCAGUGGUAGUUGAGACUGUGGGUGGUAAUAGAACAAUGAAGGUCGCGAGUGCGCCUUUUGAGGUAUAUUCUUUAGAUCGAUCUGAACAUGUUACGAUUGAAGGAGCUCUGAUUGUGGCAGGUAUACCAGGUCAUAAGCCAACAAAGUCAGCAAUGAACAACCUAGUUAAGUGGCCGCAUUUAAAUGAUGUGCCAAUAGAUAGCCUAGAUUCUGAAGAAGUUUUACUGUUGAUUGGUUGCGACGUACCAGAAGCACAUUGGGUGUUAGACCAACGGUUGGGUGGAAGGAAGAACCCGUACGCUGUGAAAACGUUGCUGGGGUGGACGGUCUUCGGACCUGCAUCGUAUCCGGAUUAUAGGGAAAGAGUGGUUAAUCACACCAGUAAGAUACAGACAUUAGAGAACGAAGUACGUAAGUUUUAUGACGCAGAGUUUUCCGAUGCUUAUUCAAAUGAUAAAUCAUUAUCGGUAGAGGAUAAGGCAGCUAUAAAUAUUGUGGAAGAGGGCACGCACUUCGACAACGGCCAUUUCGUAGUUCCUAUACCAUGGAAAGAGAAUCCAAAUAGGAAAGUGGGAAACUAUGAAGUAGCCAACAGUAGAUUACAGAAUUUGAAGCGUAAACUGUUGAAGGAUAACAGUCUACACGUAAGGUAUACCAAAAGUAUUGAAAGUAAUUUUACAAAGGGCUAUGCGGAAAAGAUCCCUGAAAUACAAUUGCAACCUAGUUAUCGCCCCCGUUGGUACUUACCUCACCAUGCAGUUAUAAACCUGAAAAAGCCAGAAAAACUGAGAGUGGUCCUUGACUGUGCCGCCAAGUUUGCGGGUGUUUCUCUAAAUGAUAUGAUUUAUCAAGGACCCGACACAACUGCUGAGUUAGUGUGUAUAUUAUUGCGUUUUCGCAAAGAAGCAAUCGCAGUCUCUGCGGAUGUUGAAGAAAUGUUCAUGCAAGUGAAGGUCCCUGAGUCUGAUCGAUGAGCUUUAAGAUUUCUGUGGUGGCAGGAGGGAGACAUGUCGAAAGAACCAUCCG